AUGCAACGAGCCUGGUCCAAUGCUAGCGUCGAAUCACGGCUUCAGUCUGUGUCAUUGACCGACUCUCCUCGUCUAUCGGCCUGGUCCAGCUCCCUCCCAACCUCUCCUGAGCCCGAGCUGAGCUUCGACGACGUGAUCAACUGGCCCAGCGACGAACCCUGUCAAAAUCCAGCGUCCUUCGAUGCGGCUGCCUUCGUUCAACACACAGCCCGCCAUAUAAAAUAUGCAGAAGAGAGUCAUAGCCUUCCUAUGCCUGACCUGUUUGCCCGCCUAUCGCUUGUUGCGUUUCAAGCUCCACGCGCAAUGCAUGCUGACGACCUAACAACACUAUACCGGCACCUCCAAGUGCCAAAAAGGCUGCAAGGCACUGUAACCGCUGCCGCUCGCGUUCUCCUCCGGCAAGGCAUUGACCCUUUGCGUCUCGUAGUCGCGGAACCAGAGCGCAAAAACCAAGUCCCUCAACAUAUCAUCGAGGAGGAAUGUCGGCACUUGCAUAGUGCCAACAUCUAUCCCGAUAACACGGCCUACUUGCGUCGUCGACUGAAAAUGCCCCACGACCUCGAGUUGCACCCGGACCUUUUCAUGAACGUCGAAGGCUUUCCUCUCUGGCUUCUGAUCUCACUGGCAAUCUACUUCAGCACCUACCAAAUGCUCACAUUGCAGGGCAUCAUUCGUGCCAUAUCACAACAGUUUAAUCUCGACCGCCGGGAUACCAAGUGGCAUAACACCAUACGUCACACUCUCUCGCUGUACAGCAUCUUUCGCCACGUACCACGCCCAUUUGGUGGAGGCAAAGCAGGUUAUUGGACUGUUGAUUUCUCGGAAGGGGAGGGGUAUAAGCGUGAUCGCAAACGUAAAACCCCAGCUCAACCAAGGAAAAGAGCGCGCAAGGGCAGCAAAGACGCUGACUAUGUCGGCCCCAUCCAUGCUCUACCCAUAAUUGCUCCACAGCCCCCGGUCUUCGACUCUGUGGUUAAGCAAGAGGGUCAAUCCCCCCCCUCCAAUGGAGCUCUCUCGACGCACUGUUGGACCCAUCCGAAACACUCGGCGAAAAACGCGCACGAGAGCGACUGA